UUUAUUAGUUUCUCUAAGCGGCAGAGGCGUGCACACAGAGGAGCUGGAGAGACUGGAGUUUCUGUCUUUUUCUCCCAUUAAUCCGCAUUCAUCUGGUGUUUCUUGCUUCUCACACAGGACAUUCGCGGCUGUGAGGAUCUUACAGACUGAAUUAAUUCCCAGGUUCUUCAGUGAUUUCUCACUGGUGUAGGAUAUGAGAUGGCGAAGCCGGGGCUGCAGUGCACUCCUACAGUCACCGUGUGAUCUCUCUCUCUGUCUGUCUCUCUGUCUGUCUCUCUGUGUGUGUGUGUGUGUGUGUGUGUGUGUGUGUGUGUGUGUGUGUGUGUGUGUGUGUGUGUGUGUGUGUGUGUGUGUGUGUGUGUGUGUGUGUGUGUGUGUGUGUGAGAGUGUGAGUGAAAGAGAAAGAAAGAGAGACGCACACACACUCCGAGGAUCUCACACCACAGCUUGCACACAUCCACACCUUAUGAAGUGAACAUUUAAUGCUGUAAACUUCAGUGGAUCUAAAUAUAUGUAUAUAUAUAUUUUUUUUAAGAACAAAAAGAAAUAAAAGAUGGUUCGUUUAGUUUUGGCAGCUGCUGUUCGGAAUAAACCCGGAUAACACAAGCAGAGCCACAAGUAAGCGUCUUCUUUACGGAUUGCAGGCUUGCUGCACAGCACAUGAAGCUCUGGGAAGCUGAGCACACACGAGAGCGUGAAUACAAUCAGAUCAGCACUCGCAGCUCGACGCCAAUGGAGUCUCCGCACAAGAGGAAGACUGUGAAGAAGAAGUGGCAGGUUUUCCCUGGGAGGAAUAAAUUCUACUGUGAUGGCAGGAUUAUGAUGGCAAGACAGACUGGCGUCUUCUGCCUUACUCUUGUUCUCAUCCUUGUCACAAGUGGACUCUUCUUUAUUUUUGACUGUCCGUUCUUGGCGACCACGCUGACUCCAGCGAUCCCUGUGGUUGGUGGCAUGCUGUUCAUCUUCGUGCUAGGGACGUUACUCAGGACGAGCUUCAGCGACCCCGGCGUCCUGCCCAGAGCCACCCCAGAAGAGGCUGCGGACCUGGAGAGACAGAUAGAUGUCGCCAAUGGUUCCAGUACUACAGGAUACCGGCCUCCUCCUCGGACGAAAGAGAUCACUAUUAACGGACAGACGGUGAAGCUCAAGUAUUGUUUUACUUGUAAGAUCUUCAGACCACCGCGUGCAUCGCACUGCAGCCUUUGUGAUAACUGCGUGGAGCGGUUCGAUCAUCACUGCCCCUGGGUGGGGAACUGCGUCGGGAAGAGGAACUACCGCUUCUUCUACAUGUUCAUCCUGUCACUGUCCUUCCUCACAAUCUUCAUCUUCGCCUUCGUCAUCACGCACAUCAUCAUGAAAUCCCAGAUAAACGGGUUCCUCAACACGCUCAAAGACAGUCCAGCCAGUGUGCUGGAGGUUGUUGUGUGUUUUUUCUCUGUGUGGUCAAUAGUGGGACUCUCCGGCUUCCACACCUACCUAAUUGGAUCCAAUCAGACCACAAACGAAGAUAUUAAGGGGUCAUGGUCAUCAAAAAGAGGGAAGGAUAACUACAACCCGUAUAGUUAUGGAAACCUGUUCACAAACUGUUGCACAGCACUAUGUGGUCCUCUUCCACCCAGUCUCAUUGACAGAAGAGGAUUGGUCCUGCCCGAUACGCCGCAGCCUGCACCGCCCACGAAUGGUAUCACAAUGUACGGUGCCACUCAGUCCCAGACGCGCAUGUGUGACCAAGACCAGUGCAUUCAGAGCACCAAAUUCGUUUUGCAGGCUGCCACUACGCCGUUGCUGCAGAACGAGACCCCAGUCAUGGCUGAUGAGUCAUCGGUGCCUGGGAGACCAGCUCUAGGCGCUCCGUGUCCGUUGCUUCCUCUCGGCCAGCCCACACCACCCACCUCCACCCCAAGUCUGAGCUGUGAAGCUGAGAGUCUGAGCCCUCCUGCCCCCGAGGCUCAGCACCACUUCCUCACGCCUGACGAUGCCCCCUCGCCUCCAGGCAUGCUUCCCUGCACAAGCCCGCUGGACCACGGCCACACACCGCCCUUCUACAACCCUGCCAGCCAGGACUCUCUACACGAGGACUCUGUCAGAGGCCUGGUCAAACUCAGCUCUGUUUAAACAGACUCAUCAAUGUGUGUCUCCCACACUGCCCUUUAAUCUGUGCCAAGAGCCUGCAAGCUCCUCAUCAUAAACUCUCCAAUCUCAGUGAUAUGAGCAGCCCAAAGUCACUAAGUGUGGAUUUUGAACACAUUUAAACCCAGUUUGCCACACUCCUAAGUCACAAAGUGAGCUGCCAAAUCUGUUUAAGCUCUUCUGACUGUCUGGAGAUACAGGAGCUGCUCCCCUCAAGGAUGGGUGGCUUCUAAAACAAAGGGCUGUAACUAACCCAGUGCAUCGAACCGUUUAAGAAGAGGACGUUCCACUUGAAAAGCUGCUUCAUGUGUCACUUGCUGGCAUUCACUUUGUAUUUUGGGCUGUUUUUGUUGUGUGUUUUUUUUUUUUUUUUUUUAAAUCAGAAUUGCUGCCUGAUAAUUGGGACUGCAUUGCACACUUUUUGCCUUCCUGUCUUUUGAGAUUAUUGCACCGUUGAUGACGUGAGCUGUUGUCAUGAUGUUGCAUAUGUGUACACGUUUUUUUUUAUUAUUAUUACCUAUUUUGGAAAGAAUAUGGUAUUGUGUUGUGGCACAAAAGAAAUGUUUUCCUUUCUCAGCAAAUUGGUGUACAUCACACGGAUAUUACUACAUUACCCGAGUUUUAAUUGGAUUCCGUAAAAGCUGUUCCUGCAUCUUUAAAGACUCAAUGUUGUAUGCUGCAAAGUUCCCUGGUCUGCAUAAACAGUGUGUUAUCAUGUGACGAUCGCCUGUAGUGGAUGUCUUACCAACACGACCUAUGAUACUGUGUCAUGAUGAAAAAAAAAAUAAAAAUACACUGCCCAAUAAAAUCUGAUUCAUUACAA